AUGUCAUCUACUCGAUCACGUCAAAUUUCAUUCUCCCGAUCUACUUCCACACAACAACCUCAAUCAAAUCCACAUAAACAUUUUCUUCAACGAACAGAGCAAAACUGUCCAGAAAAUCUUACUGAAUCUCAACGCAAUCGAUGGUUCAAAAUAGCAAAAAAAGCUAAACAAAAUGCUCAAUUAAUACAACAAUUACCCGCAUUUCAUUGGCCUCCAUCACAUUCCCAUCAACCUAUCUUUAUCCAUCAUCUUACUCCUCAUUCAACUAUUCAAUCCGUCUUGGAAGCCGUUCGUGAUGUUACAGUAUAUGUUAUUGACACUGAAUCUGAUCCACCCACACAAUUUCGACCUGAAGCAUUACCUGCUCUUAUUCAAAUUGAAGCUAUUCAUUCCGAAACUUCAACAACAGUUCUUCUGAUUGAAGCUCAAUUUCUACCUUUUCCUUUAUCACCUACUCAUCACCUUAUCCAACAACUUUGCCAACACAUCUUUUCUCCUCAUCAUUACAUUGUUGGUUGGGGUAAUGUCCGUCAAGAAUUAUCACAUUUCCUACCAUUUGGACUUUUUGCUAUACAUCAACUCCAACAACAUAUUAAUCUUCAAGCUUAUUUUACCGAUACGUGGAAUCACACUCAUCCUCACCUUACCUCAUGUCCAACGCAACAACAUCAGUUCCAAAUCGACAUUGAUUCCGAUUCCGAUUCUGAUUCAGACGUUGAUCUUAUUUGCAUGGUUAAUACGUCCGAUUUCGAUGAUUUUCGAUCUACACGCAUUAAUACUCAAACCACAUGCACUUGUACCGAUGAUCUACGUCCUUACAAAAAGGAAACCGAACAGUGGGCUCUUCAAAAGGCAAUCAAGUCCACCUUUAAUGAAGCUCUUAAUAAGCUUCAUACAAUGAAUACCUGGGCCUGUGGUCUCGAUCCAUUAUUAACAACAAAUAAUACAUCUGAAUCAAUAGCUACACGUACAGAUAUGACAUCUUAUGCCAUCAACGACGUAUCUGCACCAACUCGACUCCUUUUCCACUUGAACCACGAGAUCAUCCGUCCUCUUCGGACUUCAUCUUUAUCAACAAUUAUUUCAUCGAUUGCUCCACAAUCACCUGUACCACAUUUACCUGAACAACAAUUACCUGAACCAUCGCCUCCUGAACAAGCACCGAUUCCAUUACAUUCACCUGAACCACAAUCUACUGACUCUUCACCCGACCAAGAACCUGCUCCUGAAUUGCCUUCGUACUUUAUUUUGGCUGAUAGCCAUGGUCGACAUAUUGAACAAACAAUUAUUACACCACAUUGUAAAAUCACAAGUCAUUUUGUUUCUGGCCUUAAAUGGUUUGAUUCUCAACGUCCAGAUCUUAAUGCAUUUUCACUUAUUCAAUCGUCUCCUAUUUCAACCUAUUUACAUUCUUCACAAGCAAUUAUGUUAAUUAUUGGCACCAAUUCUCUUCGAUUUGUUGAUGCUGCUCAAGCUGUUCAACAUGGGAUUUUUUCCGUAUUUUUAGGAUUUUGCGGAUUGCCAUAA